UCUGACAGAAUCCUAGGCCCCCUUCCACACAGCUGAAUCAAUCCGAAGCGGGCUCUCUCUUGGGGAUCAGGCCCAUCCUCAGCCUCGGACCCUCCCCCCUUUCCUUCUUCCUUCCGCGCGCUGCCAGGCCCGCCUCCCUUCUUCUUCCCGAUCCUGGAGCAGGAAGGCCGACUGAGGUUGGCUUGGGGAUGCGGGGCUCGCGAAGGCGUGGGGCGGGGGCGGCGGGGCCGGGCUCCUUGUCCGGCUUCAAGCGCGGCACGGGGAGCGGCGAGGCGGUGCCGCAGGGCCUGAUCCGGGCGGCCCGGAAGAGCGGCCAGCUGAACCUCUCCGGGCGGGAGCUGAGCGAAGUACCUCUGCAUGUAUGGAGGAUCAACUUGGAUACUCCCGAGGAGGCCCAGCAGAAUCUUUCCUUUGGUGGUGCUGAUCGGUGGUGGGAACAAACGGAUCUCACCAAACUAAUUUUAUCUUCCAACAAACUGAAGUGUCUUUCUGAUGAUCUCCAGCUCCUGCCUGCACUCACUGUGUUGGAUGUCCACGAUAAUCAACUGACCUCUCUUCCUUCGGCUAUAGGAUCACUGGAAAACCUUCAGAAACUUAAUGUGAGUCAUAAUAAACUGACAGAUUUACCAGAGGAACUUCUCCAACUUAAGCAUUUAAGGAGUUUACUUUUACAACACAAUGAAUUAAGUCACUUGCCUGAUGAGUUUGGGAAGCUAAUCAGCUUGGAAGAGUUGGAUAUUUCCAAUAAUCAUGUGUCUAAUAUCCCUACAAGUUUUGCAUUUCUCACAAAUUUGGUGCAACUUAAUGUGUCUCAUAAUCAGUUGAAGUGUCUACCAGCAGAGAUCAGUGCAAUGAAAAAUUUAAGACAGCUUGAUUGCACUAAGAAUUACCUUGAAACGAUACCUCCAGAACUGGCCAACAUGGCGUCAUUAGAACAGCUUUAUCUAAGAAGAAAUAAAUUACGUUACCUGCCAGACCUUCCUUCAUGUACAGUUUUAAAAGAGUUGCAUGUUGGUGAAAAUCAAAUUGAAAUUUUGAAAGCUGAACACCUGAAGCACCUGAAUUCCUUGUGUGUAUUGGACCUUAGGGAAAAUAAGCUGAAAUCAGUGCCUGAUGAAAUAGCUUUGCUAGAGGGCAUAGAGCGACUAGAUCUGUCCAACAAUGAUAUUAGUAGCCUUCCUUGUAAACUUGGAAACCUUUCACAGCUGAAGUUCCUAGCUUUGGAAGGAAACCCUUUAAGAACAAUCCGAAGGGAUAUUCUUCAAAAAGGAACACUAGAAAUAUUGAAGUACCUCAGAAAUAAAAUACAAGAUGAUAGUGAAACUCGACCAAAUGGAGUAUUGCCUGUGACAGCAAUGACCCUGCCAAGUCAGUUGGAGGUCAACCUGCAUGCUAUCACUGCACUGAAAACACUGGAUUAUAGUGAGAAGCAGGCGGCUGUAAUUCCAGACGAAGUGCUAAAUGCAGUUGGGAACAAACCAAUCAGUACUGUAAACUUCAGCAAGAAUCAUCUGACUGAAAUUCCAGCAAGAAUUGUGGAAUUAAAAGAAACUGUCUGUGAUAUCAAUUUUAGCUUCAAUAAGCUCCUUUCUGUUUCUCUGGAGCUCUGUAUGCUUUACAGAUUGACUCAUUUGGAUAUCCGAAACAAUUUUUUGACAUCUCUGCCUGAUGAAAUGGAAGCAUUGGGAAAACUACAAACAAUAAAUCUGGCUUUUAACCGAUUUAAAGUAUUUCCGGACAUCCUUUACCGCAUCCCAACCCUUGAAGCAAUCCUCCUUGGCAAUAAUCAGGUUGGAUCCUUGGAUUCUCUACAAAUCAAGAAGUUGGACAAGCUUAGUACCUUAGAUCUUCAAAACAAUGAUAUCUUGCAUGUACCACCUGAACUUGGAAACUGCACCAGUCUUAGGACACUUUUGCUGGAAGGAAAUCCUUUCCGUACUCCCCGAGUAACCAUUCUUGCCAAGGGAACAGAUGCUGUGCUCGAAUACUUAAGAAGCAGGAUUCCUACUUGAUCCAUUAUCCAUUGGAAUCCAAAUGUAUGCAAGCUCUUCUUCUCUGGGACUGAAGUUCUUCUGUCUGAGAAUUGUGUAUUUGAAUUAUGAAGUGUACAUGAUGGAAUUUCUGCUAUGAGCUAGAUCAAGAAGAAUGUUAACUUAUAUGCCUAAAUACACAUUUGGGUGGCACGCAUUAAUGUGCAUGCAUCUGUGAAUUUGGGCACAUCUAAUAUACUGGUUUGAGGUUUUAAGCUUUUCCCCUCUUAGUUGUUCAACAUUCCCUUUUCAUUUUGUCCAAUUUUAAAGAACAUCAAAAAGGGAUUUGCUGAAAAAUCAAAAUGAAUGUACUGAUCUAAACAUAACAUUUUUGUCUCAAGGACUGGUUACUGAAGAAAUACAUUGAAAGCUGCAUUCAUAUUGUUGUAUUGGAAUGUAUUUAACACACAUUUGAAAAAUCAAAUUCAAGAUGCACAGCAGAAUAGUCUAGAUAUUUAAUUGGGAGGCUUGGUAUGCCUUAUAGUUGACACACAAAUGCCAGAAAUGUUUUAUCUAUUCGGAAUAUUGUCAGUGCCAGAAAAAAAAAACCUAAAACAAAGCCAGUUUACAUAAGGGAGUCCUAGUAACUAGAAAUGAACAUUUAAUGGAAGCCCACACUCUUUUUGACCUUGUUAUUAUUUUUAGUGUGUUAUAGGCAUUUUCACAAAAUGGCUGCCCACAAUGGAAAUAGAUAAUCACAAAACACUCAUUUCAAAAUCUGGUGAAGCUAAAAUAUAUGUUUACAAAACUGAGAAUAAAACAAAGUUACAGGCUUGAGUUCUAAAACUGAAAUCCAUCCCUUUAGAAACUUCUUGGACCUUCUUGUUUUCUUUCUCUCACCUGAACAGGAUACAGGUCUGCACAAUCCUAUGGCUGGUGGUCUUUUCCUUUGCCACCUUCCUUUUUCAAGGUUCCCUUCAUUUGGUUUCUUUUAGAGUGAGCUUAUUGACAAGAUUACUAGUUUUGGUCUUUUGUGAGCCAAUCAAUGAGCUUUAAAAGUAAAGUGUAAAAAUACUUACAAUAAGAUGGCAGGCAGCUGGAAUGUCACAGUGGAGCCAAAUAAUAUAGCGUACUAAAAAAACUGUAAUUUUUUAAAUUUGAAGCAGGACGAGAGCCAUGUGAUUGGUACUAAUAGGUCACAAUAGCUGCCACAUUAGAGAAGGCCUUCCUCUUAUAUGAGGUACAACUCGACAUGUUAAUGUGCAUUCAUUUCCUUGCUAAGUACGUGGAUCUGGCAGUUGGGAAAGGGAAUCCACAUAACUGCAAUCUGUUCCGAAAGCUGUCUGCGCAUGCGCAGGAAUACCAAGUGUACGAUUUAACUGGAAAUCUUGUUUUAGGGUGUUGUCCUGCUAAGCUUGCUUUCAUGCCAUUUCAUGGCCUUAGAAUUGUAUCUUCAGUUGUAAUUACUGUAUACAUACAAUUUCUGUUAGGCAGUGGCCUUUACUGGUUAGCUAACAGUGUUUGGGACCUAUUUUAAAAUCUAGUGUAUUGUCAGAAUCUUCAGUGCACUGUGCUGGUGAAAGCAUCAGCUUCAGACAGGAAGAAAUAUGCUGGUGGAACAGUAAAACAAAUAAAGGCAACAGAUGCAGCAGCUGUUAAGGAAGUGAAGCAUUGAAGAAAUAGACAGGUAGAGCUGGCAGUUUGUCUGCUUUCUUUGCCAUAGCUGCGCAUAUAGUGUGCCAACACAAUCCCAGCCUAUAUAUUAACAGACAAAUGCUCCAGUUCCUUGGCUGAAAAGUACUGUAGCAUUUCCUCAAGCAGCCAAAACCAUUGCAUGAAAAUUAGAGGCAGCUAUUGAUCCGUGGAACCUCUUCCACUAUUCCAAAAUAACGCAGGCAUUUCUGACUUUAGCUGAUUUUACUCUUGAAGCAUUCAAUGAAAUGUCUUUUGUUUUUCAUGGAGGUAGGAGCCAACAUGUUUUUUUUUUAAGUUAAAUAGCUGCAGACUGGCAAUAGGUAAUGGAAAAAUAACCAUUCUUGGAUGCUCUGUGCUUUGAGAGUAAUUGGAAAUCUGUAUUCCUAACGCACUCUGGGUUGCAUUCCUUUAGACCACAGAAUGCGCUUUCAGUAAUUGGACUUAAUCUGGGAAAGUGUUAGUUAUGCUUAGAUGCACCUCACUGUGUUGGGAAGCAGACAUGAUUUUCUGUAACAGCUGCAGUCUUUGUAUAAAUGGCGGUCAUGGCAGUAACAUAGCAUAUCAGAUGCACAACAUUCCCCAUGUGCUUUGCCAAAUGCUUCCACUUUACAGUAUAAGCAGUACCAGGUAAAGGCUCUUGCUAAUUCAAUGUCAGGAAUGCCAAACCCAAAGGGGACAGACAGCUCUUACUCUUGUAUAGCUACCGCUUUGGAAAAGUAAGCAAGUGAAAGUGUCCUUUUACUGUUUUGGACAUUGCGAUCCUUCUUUAAAAGCAUUAAAAAAACAUGAGAAAUGAGGAGCCAAAAAUAAAAACACACGACCCAAUGGCCACCAAUUAAUAUCAACUUGCUUUUGGUAAUAUAACAAAACUGCAAUCUUCAUGUCUUAGAAUUACUUUUUUUUAAAAGACAGAAUACUUACAAUAAGGUGACUUUAUUUAUACAAUAGACUUUUUAAUAUAUUAUUCAAAACACUUCUUUUAAAUACUGAAAAAGGUUGAGUACAUCAAAGCCGAAAAUGGCUCUGCUAUACGCUGCACAGCAUUGUUUGAGUCCCUGUAUUCUUUUUAUGUACAGAAAGCAUCUGCAAAAUGCAUUCUAGACACAAUAUGCACCUUACCAGUUAGUGUCAAUACACAAAGUAAAAUGGGAAGGAUACCACUUGCAUGUGCAAAUUAAAGAUAAUUGAUUCCACUGAAUCAAUUGCUUUAAAAUAGAGCUUUAAAGUACCUUUUUGCACGUAAAAUGAAGCAGCUUUCAAGUUCAGUAAAUCUGUAUACUGCAAAAAACAUUGAAAUACAUUCACAAUCUAUGUUCAUAAAGUAGUAAAUGAUUCUUCAUUCAGCCUUAUUUACAAUGAUACUGUAAUUGAACUGAAAAGUACAGUUUUGUCAUAUAGCAAUCUUUGUAACACAUACAAAAAUGACGGUUCUGUAUAUAAUUUAAGCUCAAAAUCACAAUCGUUUCAAAAUAUUAAUUACAAUACAGCUAUCUCUAUAAUUAAACAUGUGUUUUAUAAAAUGGUAAAAUUUGUAAUAAAGUAAAUUGUUGGUUUGACUGAA